UCGGCAUUUAAAGCCCAAAUUAAACUACGCGGAGAAGGCUGGUGCUAUUGCCUAGCGAUGGACAGCGUUUCCAAAUGCACCGCAUGAAGUACCCUAGAAUAAGGAUUCUCUAUUUUUCUGACCUGGACCAUGAGCAAUGACUCGCCUGUACUGACAAGCCUGACCGAGAACUCCACCGACCAGCCGAUUUGCAAACGAAGCACUGCCCUGACCCUUGUGGUCUCUCCCUGCACCCAGGAGCUGCCGCUGUCGGCGGGACGGGUGGACAACUAUGUGCUCCUACUGGUCCUGCUGUGUGUGUUUGCUGGAGGCACACUGAUCCUGCUCUCCGUACUGCUGCUGUUCUGUCACCGCUGCUGUGUGGUCGGCCGUCGCUACUCCAGGGCCAGUGAUGAUCCAGAGAAGACUAAUACCACCUGUGUGGAAGACUCACAGCCCACGCAAGACAUCACCGUUCGGCUGAAUGAAUCCGAUGCUCUCUCUGCGUCUGGCUGCCACGAUGAAGAGUCAGACAGGUUCACGUCCAACUAUUCUACUGGCCGCCGUGUUUCCUUCAAUGAGUCAGCACUAUACGAGAAGGAGAGUAAGACUCCGGACAAAGGACGCAGGUACACCCUCACAGAAGGGGACUUCCAUCACCUGAAGAAGGCCCGUCUUACCCACCUCCACCUGGCACCGCCUUCCUCGGCCUUGAAGAUCCUUACAAUCAUGGAGUGUGAGUCUAUGGAGAGCAGCAGCCUAAACAUCAAUGAUCCACCUGCUCCCAAACCCCCCCUCUACCAGUCUUCUGAAAUGCCCGCCUGGUUGAGACAGAGCUCUAGCGGGGCCCUCCCUGGAGACACCCACCACUCCGUUCUACUGGACCCCAGAGUCAGUCCGCCUGGACACCGCCCCCUGACACCCCGCUCCAGACCUAUGGGGGCCUUAAGUGACAAGGCGUGGGACAGGACAAACAGAGAAAGGGCGAGGUGUAUGAGUGGGACGGAAGGUGCAAAGGGACUGUCUCUGUCCUCGGGCCACCAGGACUCUGUUUUGCAGUUACUCUGCAAAAUGACACGGCAUGCCAGCUUGGAGGGGGCGGGGCCUUACUUCAGGAGGUGGAAGUUUAACAGCAGCCAGCGGGCCGCCAGUCUAGAUGCCAAAGGCUCGCCUAAGAGGCGCCCAUUCCAGAGACAGAGAGCAGCCAGUGACAACACAGACCCAACCGAAGAGGACUCACCCAAUCUUCACCUUUCUCCCCCUCUCUGCCGUCACAACACCCCAACCCUCCCCAUCGCACACAGCCAGAUCGGGGGCAUCCAGCGUCUCUCUGCAGGGCUGCUUACUCAACCUACCUGCCCACCCUCCCCCUGCCUAAGCAGAUUAGAAGUGGAGGCGGUGGUGGAGGCAGCCAGCCGCAGUGGAGAGGGAGAAGUGACUCACCCACCACCAGACCCCCCUGGGACCCAGGACAGAGAACAGAAGCCUGGGGAAGUGACAGGGACUGGCGUAUGGAGAGAAGCUGGGACAGAGACAAGAGCGGAAGCAGCAGAGGAGGUCGAGGUAUGGGUUGGGUCAGAAGAAGAGUCAGGCGAAGAGGGAGGGGCUGAACGAGGAGUGAGUAUGGCAGAAGAGAGGAUGGUUGGUUUGAGUACAGACACAGCCCAAGAGAGAGAGACAAGGACGGUGAAUGGGUGUGGGGCCACUUCACAACCAGAUGCGGGGAUGGGAGUUAGAGCCAAGACAGGUUUAGGGGCUGUUCUGGGAACAGAAAAAGAGGCAGAAGCCAGCCUGAAGUCAGAGACAGUGGAGGGAGGAACACCAGGCAUUGAAUCAGAAGUUGAUGCAGAGCUAAGAUCUUCAGAAGUGAGGAUAAAGGCAGAUUCCGGGACGGCUAUUCACGGGUCUGGAUCGGUGGUGUACAUCGAUCAGCAGGAGAGCUCUGAGACACAGCCCUCCCAGUACAGAGACAUAUGGAGCCUUCGAGCCUCUCUGGAGCAGUAUGCCUCCUCAGACCAAAGCAGCACGGACAGAGAGUCCAUACGGAGCGACGCUGACAGUGUGUGUUCAGUAGGAGGCGCGGCAGCCCGGUCCGGCUUUGCGGCAUGCCUCUCCCAAGACCUUGGCGACGAACCUGAGGGAGAAUGGGAGUUUGGGGAGAUGGAAAGGGAGCGGGGAGGAGGAGAACAGAGGGAGGCGGAUGGGGACGAGGAAUAUAGGGACACAGGAAAACAAAUUGGCCACAGGGGUAUUCAGGAGAGACAGAGUGGCCAGGGGGGAGGAGCGGGAGAUGUGGAGGCAGGGGGUCGAAAGCUCCUGCAGAUGGACAGUGGGUACACGUCCAUUGAAGCUCCAAUACGGGCCCCUGAGGAGCUCAGGCUGUUUGGGACCCCUGCAGGUCCCCGGGGGAAGACGGCAUCUGAGAGGAGGCUCUUCUUCACCAGCUCUGGGAGGAAGGGCUCCGUGUGUGAGAGCUUUGAAGCCAAGGUGUUUCAGGAGGAGCUGGAGGAUGAUAUGGGAGAGGACAGUGAGGUGAAGGAGAAACCUAUGAAGAGAUCAGCGAGGCCUUCUAAUGGACGACAGCUUGCCAUCGAAGAACCAUCGCAAUCUCCAUCACAGCCGAAAUCUCUACAGUCGCCCCAGCCCGUGCCAUCACCUCGUCCUGUCCGCCUACGUCGCCGUGACUACAGCAUCGACGAGAAAACGGAUGCCUUGUUUAACGAGUUCCUGCGCCACGACCCCCGCUUCGACCAGCAGGAGUCGCCGUUGCGCUCCCGGCACCGCUCGCGCAUCCACCUCCGCAAGCAGUGGCAACGGCACAAGCAGUACAGCGACCCGGGGUCUGGGGGGCGCUACUCGCCCUCAAUGGAGAGGCAGAGUUUUAGACCGCUACGGAGAGGCGAUAGUGCAGGAUACCUUCUGGACACGCGGUGCCACAGUACUCUGUCACGUAUUGCUAGCGCAGCUGACGAGGAGGCCAAUGAGGGGGCUAGUGAGGGAAUGACCAGUGAGGGUUCAGCUGGUGGCAGUAAGGGAACGGCCUGUGAGGGGGCGUUGAGUCAGAGCGCAGAUGUUAAGGAGUCAACCAAUAAGAGCACAGGGAAUAAUAUUGUAGCCAAUGAAGAUGCGCCUAGUCAGCCAUCUGAUGCAUUGAGGGCUAAGGCCAGUGGGAUGGACCCAAGUGUGGACAAUUACAACAACAACAGUAGCCAAGCUUUGAAUUACUCUUCUAGCCCCAUACCCGACCCUGGUGUGGUUCUCCCGGAACCACUUGAGGAGUCCAUAGAUCCCCCCGCUCUCCACACGGAGGAACCUGAAUCCCUUGGCUUGAACCCUAAUUUUCAGCCUCCAUCUCCCAGCCUGUCUGAUAAGCUGUCUGUGAGCCUGGAGGACAGACUCUACACUGGACUGUGGAGGACAGGGCAGGGCCAGGGAGGACCAGAGUGUGUGGUUGGUGCCAUCCCCCUGUCCUCUUCCCCUGAGCCUUCCAGCCCCUUAUAGCCUGUGCUGACCUUUCUCUCUUCCAAUUACCAUCAUGUCAUCCAGGGGCGGACGCUGACAUUUCUAACACACCAGCCCUUAUUUUUCCUUAAGGGCCCCCUCGUCGGCCAAUGUCAGUCCUUCCAGAGAAUUAUCAUUUUGCGGCGAAACGCAGAGCUGGAAAUGCCAGAUGGUCAGUCUGUAGCUGGUGCCAUCUUAGUUCAGUUCAUUCCUUUUAGGACGUUGUUCGAUUUAAUACUAUGUAGGAUUAAAAAAUAAUGUGUUUCUGGCUUUAAGCACUUCCUUGCAACUAAUAUGGCUUCUGGAAUCACAUUCCCUAACGGGAACUGAUCUGGCUUCUGGAAUCACAUUCCCUAAUGGGAACUGAUCUGGUUUCUGGAAUCACAUUUCAUAAUGGGAACUGAUCUGGCUUCUUGAAUCACAUUUCAUAAUGGGAACUGAUCUGGCUUCUUGAAUCACAUUCCCUAAUGGGAACUGAUCUGGCUUCUUGAAACACAUUCCCUAAUGGGAACUGAUCUGGCUUCUUAAAAACACAUUCCCUAAUGGGAACUGAUCUGGCUUCAUGAAACACAUUCCCUAAAGGGAACUGAUCUGGCUUCUUGAAACACAUUCCCUAACGGGAACUGAUCUGGCUUCUUGAAACACAUUCCCUAUCGGGAACUGAUCUGGCUUCUUGAAUCACAUUCCCUAUCGGGAACUGAUCUGGCUUCUUGAAUCACAUUCCCUAAUGGGAACUGAUCUGGCUUCUUGAAACAUAUUCCCUAAUGGGAACUGAUCUGGCUUCUUGAAACACAUUCCCUAACGGGAACUGAUCUGGCUUCUUAAAAACACAUUCCCUAAUGGGAACUGAUCUGGCUUCUCGAAACACAUUCCCUAAUGGGAACUGAUCUGGCUUCUCGAAACACAUUCCCUAAUGGGAACUGAUCUGGCUUUGUUUACAAGUUAGCUUCUUGUACAGGUUCCCUGAUGGGUACUUGACCCACUACAUUGGUACAGGGUAUAUCCCAUGACUGAAACACCUCAGUUGGGUGUUGGCACUCAUAUCUCUUCCAGUGUUACAGUGAAACCAGGUGCUGUCAUUAUUUCUGAUAGUGAUGUGACUUUAUAUAACCAUAGAUUGAUUCCUGCUAGAAGCUAGAUAUCCUUGCUUGGAGAUUAGAUAUCCAUAGCUUUAUUCUUGUUGGCAUUUGAAUAUGCGUUUUCUCUAUAUAGUAGCUUUUUAUCUCAUUCUCUAUUUUCUGUCAUAAAAGUGUAAUUUACUGCAUGAUAAGUUUGUAGACAGAGGAAGUAUAUGAUGUACAGUUUUAUAUAAGAACAAAUGCACUUUGAUGGGAAGGAAAAUAAUGACAUUUGUCAUAGUUCUGUUGUUCCUCAUUCCAAAAUGUGUCCUUCAAGUGUCCUUUGUCAUGGUUAUCAGGGGUGUGUUCAUCUAUGGGAGUGAAUGGGUUCUAGGUCAACUGGCUAGUAGCACUGGAUGACAGAAUGUAUUCAGAUGUACAUUAUUGUUAUUUAUCUAUUUAUUCAAGUGCUCAUUUCAUGUUCUGUUAUGUAUUGCAUCUUCAUCUAUUUCUAUGUACAAAAAUAUAUAUGAAACAAUCAUGAAUAUUAGAUGUAAAUUCUGGACCGAUUCUGACCAAAACUUUAGUGUACAAAGAUCGUCUGUACAUUGAUUAAAGAGGUGGAAUCCGGAAGCUUCCUUCAGUUUUGAGUCUCUCCCUAGAGGCCUGAGAGAACAGGAAAGUGUCCUAGCUGUCUACUGUGGGAGGGCACUUAUCAGCCUGACUGACACAUGAUACUUCAACUGUCUGCCAGGGAAUACUGUAUACUUUGUGGCAUGCAGAGGGAUAGGGAGGGAAAGCAGGAAAUCUAACUACCGCAGGAUUGCUGCAUUCAGGAUCAUUGACUGAAUUAAGUGCUUGGAAUUGAUUAUUGGUAAAUGCCUCUGGUACAUUGGUUUGACCCUGGAUACAGUAAUGAGUGACUCCAUAUGACGCCAAUCCCCAGUGGAAGGGAUUGGUUUUGCAUGUUAACAUGUUACAGCAACCAUGUAGUUGAUCAUAUAUUUAAACCUGUUAUACACUGAAACAUUGUGUUAGCUACUUAUUACAUUUCACUUUAUUCUGAAAAGCAAACUGUGAAUCCAUUGGCAAAUGGGACUAGGUUUCAAGCUGCUGUUCACUGACUAAAAGGUCCUGGUGUAUGUAACUGGUAGUUCAUUGUGUGAAUUUGAACAGUUCAUCAAUCUCAGCUGUUUUCUAAUGCCUUGGUGAACCUAUACAAGGAACCAACCAAUGUACAGUCAUUUGAGAUUUUCAUUUUGAAAAUAAAGAGAAUAAGUCUGUCA